AUGCCCGCCGUGGUGGGGGAGAGAUGCCAGCCCCCCGUGGUGCGGGGGCCAGGCACACGGUGGCCUUGCGGAGCUUGCCUCCCCGCCCUCGACCUCGCGGGUCUGCAGAGAAUCAGAGCCGCCCAGCCGUCCCAGGAGCCGCGGCGGGCCGCGUUCCGGACGUCAGCCGGCCGUCGAGGUCAGCGCGGUUUCUCUGCGGCCAAGGUCCGCAUGGGCGCGGGCGGCGUAGCUUCGCGGGGUUUCCUGCACCUUCUUCCUCUGUGA